AAUAAUUGCAUCUAAACUUUUUUUAAGGUACAUAUAAGCCUUAAAAAUGGAAAAUUAGGGUUGGUACUUGGUAGCUUAUAAUUUCCUCGCUGCACCGCUCACACUGUGGGAACCUUCGCGAUUGAAAGAUUGUGCUUCGCUGUUGCCAUUUUCUCUCUACAGCUCCGGUGCAAUUACCAGAAGCAGCGAUGGUGAAGGGUCCCGGUCUGUACUCUGACAUCGGCAAAAAAGCCAGAGAUCUUCUCUACAGAGACUAUGUCGCUGACCACAAGUUUACAGUCACUACGUACACCUCCAACGGCGUGGCCAUUACUUCAUCUGGUGUUAAGAAAGGCGAGGUACUUAUUGCUGAUGUCAACACCCAGUUGAAGAAUAAAAACAUCACAACAGACAUUAAAGUGGACACCAAUUCCAAACUAUACACAACCUUAACCGUUGAUGAACCAGCACCAGGGCUGAAGACAAUCUUUAGUUUCAUUGCUCCUGAUCAGAAAUCUGGCAAGGUUGAGCUUCAGUACUUGCAUGAGUAUGCUGGAAUUAAUACAAGCGUUGGGCUAACUGCUAGUCCACUUGUCAAUUUCUCCGGUGUUGCUGGGACCAAUAACCUUGCUGUUGGGACUGAUGUGUCAUUUGACACAGCUAGUGGGAAUUUUGAAAAAAUCAACGCUGGAUUGAGUUUCUCUACCUCGGACUUGAUAACUUCUUUAACAUUGAAUGACAAGGGCGACAAGCUUACUGCUUCUUACUACCACACGGUACGCCCGUUGACAAACACAACCGUUGGCGCAGAGUUGGUUCACAUUUUCUCGAGCAAUGAAAAUUCUCUCACCAUUGGGACACAACAUGCAUUGGAUCCAUUGACCACAGUUAAGGCUAAGGUUAACAACAAUGGCAAGGUGCACGCUCUUAUUCAACACGCGUUUCGUCCAAAGUCACUUUUCACUAUUUCAGGUGAAGUGGACACUCGGGCAAUCGAGAAGAGUGCUAAAAUUGGGUUGGCUCUUGCUCUCAAGCCAUGAUUGGCGGUGACUUCAUUGCGGUAGGGUGUUAGGGGAAUGUUUGGGUGGUGAAUGUUUUGUUUUAAUGAGAAAAUAAGUCGGGUAGAGAACAUUUAUCCAAUUAGUACCUCUUCUGGAUUUCAACCAUAUUAACUGUGCGUGUGCAGUUUUUAUGGUUCUUACACAGGGGUACUGCAAAAAGUAAUAUUUUCAUCGACUGGUGGUUUUAUAAUCUUAUGCCAGUGACUUCCCAAUUUUUGUUGUUGGAUACAUUCGACAUUCCGAGUGUCAUCAAUUCUAUGUGAUUAACUUUCUAGUAUCUUCUUUUGUAGUGUUUUGUUAAGCGGUGUGUUUCCCAGUUUUCUAUUAAGUAUUAACUUUGCUUUUGACA